AUGGCUUUCAAAGUUGCAAUCAUCAUCUACACAUUAUACCACCACAUUGCUCAAUUGGCAGAAGUUGAAAAACAGGGCAUUGAAGCCGCUGGUGGCGAGGCUGUCAUCUACCAAGUGCCAGAGACCUUGUCCGAUGACGUCUUGACCAAGAUGCACGCACCCGCAAAGCCAAACUACCCUAUUGCCACCCCGGAAACUUUAACUGAAUACGAUGCCUUCUUAUUUGGUAUUCCAACAAGAUUCGGCAACUACCCAGCUCAAUUCAAGUCCUUCUGGGACGCCACUGGUGGAUUGUGGGCUAAGGGGGCCUUAGCGGGAAAGAUUGCCGGUAUCUUUGUUUCCACUGGUACUCAAGGCGGUGGUCAAGAAACCACCGUGUUGAACGCCUUGUCGGUUUUGAUUCACCAUGGUGUGAUUUUCGUGCCUUUGGGAUAUGCCCAUGCAUUUGCCUUGCAGGCUAACUUGGAUGAGGUCCACGGUGGUUCACCUUAUGGUGCUGGUACUUUUGCUGGCGGCGAUGGCUCGAGACAACCUAGCAAGUUGGAAAAGGAAAUUGCCCUUGCUCAAGGUAAAUCAUUCUAUGGAAUUGCUCAAAAAUACUUGUCAUAA